UGACUUUCAUCACAUCAUUUCAGUAUUUAUUUAUUAAUAUUGCAUUAAAUUCAUUUCAACAAAUAAUGGCCGAAGAUGGUACUGAAUCAAGUCAUGUUACUAGUAUAGCUCCAGAAGAUCCACCUGGUGUUGACAUCACCCCUGACAAGGACGGCGGUAUUCUGAAGACGAUAAUUAAAGAGGGCACUGCUGAUGAAAGUCCAUACAUUGGCAACCAAGUAUUUGUCCACUAUGUCGGCACUCUGGAAUCUGAUGGCAGCAAGUUUGACUCCAGUCGUGACCGAGAAGAACCCUUUGAUUUUCAACUUGGACAAGGCCAGGUUAUCAAAGCUUGGGAUAUUGGCUUGGCGACCAUGAAGAAGGGCGAGAUUUGCCAGUUGAGAUGUCGCGCGGACUACGCAUAUGGCAAGGUUGGCUCUCCUCCCAAGAUCCCCCCGAAUGCGACGCUUCUGUUUGAAAUUGAGCUGCUGUGGUGGCAGGGUGAAGAUCUAACUGACCCAGAUCGCAAGGACAGAGGCAUCGUGCGGUCCAUCGUGACUCCUGGUGAUAAUGGAGCAUCUCCAAAUCAAUAUGCUUUUGUCAAAACCAAGAUCGUUGGUGAGCACGAAGGCAGGAUUUUUGAUGAGCGGACGGUAGAGUUUAAUUUAGCUGAGGGAGGUGCGCUGGAUAUCCCCGUGGGCAUUGAUACAGCUCUCAAAAAAUUCAAGAAGAACGAGACCAGUAUUUUGGAACUGGCUCCAUUAUAUGGCUUUGGAGAAGCGGGUUGCGAUAAAUUCAAAAUACCUCCUGAUGCUCAUCUAAAAUAUACCGUUACUCUACUUGACUUUGAGAAAGCUAAAGAAGACUGGGAGAUGAGUCAAGAAGAGAAAAUAGAUCAAGCUAAGAUCAUCAAAGAUAAAGGUACUGAAUAUUUCAAGGCGGGUAAUUACCAUUUGGCUUGUUUGCAAUAUGAGCGUGUAGCGUCGCUCAUGAGCUAUGACUCUGGCUUAUCCGAGGAGAAGAAAAAAGAAAAUAAUGCACUAAAGCUGGCCGGUGAACUCAACCUGGCUGCCGCGAAGCUAAAGUUGCGACGCUUUGCUCAAGCCAAGGAGCACGCGAGCAAUGCUCUCGAACAGGAUCCUGACAACCUUAAGGCUCUCUAUAGAAGAGGACAGGCGUUUAUGGAAUUGGGUGAGCUCGAGGAGGCCGCAGCCGACCUGGAGAAGUGCGUGAGACUCGAUCCCUCGAACGCCGCUGCCAAGAAGCUGCUGGUUUGUGUUCAUAAGAAAAUCAAAGAACACAAAAUUAAAGAGAAGCAAAUAUACGCGGGAAUGUUCGACAAAUUCGUCAAAUCUGACGCCAAUCGCGCCGCCGAAGCGCGCAAAGCCGGCGUCUUGAAAGACGGCGUUGGUGAAUGGCAGGACAAGGUUGAGACUGGGAAAAAUGACGAGGAUUUGAGCGAAGUGAAGCUCAUCAGCAGCGAUGAUCAAAUAAAAGGGGACGAGUUCAUGAACAGCACUUGAGAAUCCCAUCAUCCAAGAGACUAGGUAUCGCUACAAUCAUCCCUCAAAACCAUAACAUUUUCCCACCUUUCAACUUAUGUGACCUUAUUUCGAGAAGUUCUACAAGACUGUAACUGCCGUGAUAUUUUUUACAGCCUCUUGCUCCAACUGGACGCACAGAAGUAGAGAAAGUGUCUUUUCACCGUAGCCUUCUAGUUUAAAUUUCACUUUUGCUUUAGAAGAUAGAAUUAGGAUAAUUUUUGUAUUGUACGGAUUCAUUGUGUUCCUGGAUUUCAAAUCCUGAAAGAAUGAAGUGUUCCUUGAUUCGAGUGACGUUCAAGCACGAAAAUUCGAUUAUAUUUACUAAUCUUUAUUCUAUAUUAAUCUAGGUUUUUAAACUAUUAUAAAAAUUUUGUGAAUCUGAAGGAGAGCAAUUGAUUAGAAAUUUUGUGAAUCUGAAGGAGAGCAAUUGAUUUGUUAACAUUCGUUUCUUUGGUGUUAUGCUGCAAAGCAAGCUUUUUUUCAAUAUUUAUAGAAUAGAAAUACACAAGUCGUUGACUUUUUUGGCGGGCUAUUUAUCUUCAGUUAUAACUCGUUAGAAAGCAGCGCGAUAAAAUAGUAAGCUGUUGUAAUAUCAAUUCCAAGAUCGCUCUCCUUUAAUUAAGUCCUGUGUCUAUUUUAGUAUUGCUCACAUUCAUCAGUCUCAUCGCCGAUCCCUCUUCGUGCAGUUUGCACUUUUCUGUGGUUAUGUGUAGGUCGCUGAUGAAUCAUU